CAGAAGCGCAGCGCUGAAGCCGUGAAGGGUGUGCGCAAGUACGAGAGGAGGGUGAAGGAGCUGACCUACCAGUCUGAGGAAGACCGUAAGAAUAUUCUCAGGCUGCAGGAUCUGGUGGACAAGCUGCAAAUGAAGGUGAAAUCCUACAAGAGACAAGCAGAGGAGGCUGAGGAGCUGUCCAAUGUCAACCUCUCCAAGUUCCGCAAGAUCCAGCACGAGCUGGAAGAAGCUGAGGAACGGGCUGACAUUGCAGAGUCGCAGGUCAACAAGCUCCGAGUGAAGAGUCGGGAGUUUCAUGGCAAGAAGAUAGAAGAGGAAGAGUGA